AUGGCAGUGGCUUUAGGAGCACUCUGGGCCUGGAGUGUUCUAGACAAAAUUGUUAUAUCCUACUAUGCUAGAAAGUACAAGCCUGUGCCCUUGCCCAAAAAGCAAAAUUACAGCCACGAAGACGUGAGCAUUAUCGUUCCGACAAUCGACACCGAAUCGACCUUCACCGAGUGCAUGCGCCUCUGGCUCAAGGCCAAUCCUCGUGAGAUUAUCAUCGCAACCGUCGAGCGGAACAGAACCCGGGUCGUGGAGCUGAUCGAGCCACUCCGGCAGAAUGCUGACAAAAUCAUCAUCGUGACUGCGCCUCUGGCCAAUAAACGUCACCAGCUGAUGGUCGGUGUCAAAGCGGCAAGCGGUAAAAUCUUCGCUUUGGUGGAUGACGAUGUUUACUGGCGCGUCGAUACCGUUGUACCCUAUCUUUUGGCUCCGUUUGAAGAUGCCGAGGUCGGCGCAGUGGCCGGCAUACAAAGUGCUGAGAUCCCAUCCGAGCGCCAGGAUGCACGAGUCAUUACCCCUUGGGAAGCAACUGCGACGUUUGACUUGAACCAGUGGAAAGUCUCUCGGGAGGUGCACUUCGCUGCGGAUGGAGGCUGCUGGUGCUUGUCAGCACGCACACUUUUCGUUCGAGCUUCUAUCCUCCAGGACCAGGGCUUUGCCGAUUCAUACACACAGGAGGUCAUUGGCCGCAGGAUCGUGAACACCGCUGACGAUGUCGUUUUGACGGGGUUGAUAUUUGACCGCGGAUGGAAGGUGUCGAUCCAGAAUACCCCCGAAGGCGAAGUUACCACCAACAUUCCUCAGGACCACAGGCUUAUCUAUCACUCUAUCUCACACUCGUUGAUCAACAGCUACGCAUAUAUAGUGUGGAUGGCCUUUGGAUGGAACGGAUGGCUUCCAACCUAUCGAGGAUUCCUCAAACGGUACCCCUAUUGUGGACGUCAAGUGUGGGCGUUUCUGCUCAUGGAUUAUAUUGGCCCUAUCGUCGAUAUAUACGUCUACUUGACUAUGAACAACGAUAAUUGGCUGACUAGGACAGCGGACAUAAAGGAUAUUGAAUAUUAG